UUUCCAUCCUACUGAUCCUUUUUCUAUCCUUAGAUCAUAACGGUUCACUUAUCUUUUUGUUUGUACCUUUUUUCAUUAUAGUCUUUUGGACUAAUUUUUGGGGAAUUGCAAAAUAGGAACUUUAGCGAAUGAAGGUUGCCAACCAAAUACAUGGCUCUUUUCAUCUUUGAAAUCAUUUUGUAAGAAAAAAGAUUGAAGCGUUUGUUGAACCAAAUCUUGCUGCUAUUUUUAUCAAGCUCUUAUGUUUUCUUCAAGCAUUAUUUUCCAAAAAAUUUCAGCUGGUUUGCCGGGAAACAAUUCAAGGUACGGAUAAUUUGGUUUAUUAAUAGGUAUUCUCUCUUUAAGAGGUUUUGGUUCUUUUUUGUUUGGAAAAAUUGAUCUUUGCGGUUUCAUAUUUUCGAAAAUCCAUUCGUGUUAAAAACUAGGCAUAACUGCGCAACUCAACAUUGUAAUAUACGAACAAACUAUGAAUUUUUAUGCUCUUUUGCCUUCCAAGCUUGAUGUCAAUGCGGACAACAUAACCGAGAAGUUCUGCCAGUUCUGUUUAUGUUGCAAUCCUUGGUAUGCUGGAGCGGAUACAAGACUAUUGGCAAAUGCUUUUAACUCUAUUCCAAAAUCUGAGGGCCAAAAGUUUGAUAUCUGGGUCUUGUUUUUGUUGAUUCGGCAGUAUCAUCAAAAGGUAAUCAGUUCCUGGUCCAAAUUGGUUGGUUUCUUAGGAGUGGAAAGAAAAGAUGAGCAAUCUACUCAAAAGAUCCAACAGUAUGUUGUUCGCUUGAAACGAUGGAUGAAUCAAAUGCACGUGGACGCUUUCUUUGAUUAUCUUUUGAAUCGACCGAAUGAGUAUUAUUUGGAAAUACCAGAAAGUCAGCCUCAAUUGCGAUCUAGUGUCAAUAUAAAUGAUGACUUGGUUAUUAAAGCUUUACGUGCGGGUCUGGUACCUCAUCAUAAUAAUUCGAUCAAUGCAUUGCAUACUUCAAGCUCUCCAUCCAACUGGAUGCCUUCAGCGGACCACAAUCUUGAGACUGAUAGCCAAAGUCUCGGAUUCGUAACCCAUUCUGAAACUCAAAACUGUCCUAGUCCUCACUCACUUCUGAUGCCUACCUCACAAAACAUUACGGCUGAUCCCGUUCAACAUCAGCGACACCAUCCUUCAACUGUUCCUAAUUCACCGCUUCCGCAGAGUACGAAUAUGUUUGAGUCAUCGAAUGAAGCGGCUCAGCUGUCUAGAACGACAUCCCAUCCCAAUAGACAUGAAACUUCUUUUCGGGAUUCCGAAUCUGUUUCCGUUGCCGACUCGAUAGACCCUACCAACACUUGGCAGCAGUGGCCUGACGAAUUAAGAGAUGUUACUUCUCCAAAGGAAAGCGAAACAUUGAGUGACUCUUGGUCUCGGUCCGCGAACGUUGAUGCUGUUGAGCAAGAAAGAGGGCUUCCACGGAAACGAGGGCGUCCCCCUGGUGCUCGAAACAAAUUAAGACAGUUAAAUUCCGAAGUAUCAAUUCCCUUGAACAUAGAUACGAAUUGGUACGAACGAUUUGACAAAUCAAUGCAUGCUCAAAAUACCAUGUUACGAGCCGCAUUUUCGCAUGCAGCUCAUUUACCAACAGAAAAGGUGAAUCAGUUACUAAAUAGUUACACAGACGAAAUCUCUACUUACGUACCUACAAGUUUUCCAUCCUCACGGAUUAACAGCAUGAGAAACAUUUCCCAUACCAUGCUUGCUCUCGUUUCCUCGCAGCUUGAAAUUAUCGAAGCCAAUAAUGAUAGACUUAUCUGGUCUGUCCAUCAAGGACCUCUUAGUGCAACCAUUUGUCAUACUUUCAACGCCGAAAAAACUCCAAACUUGCACGCUUUAGCUGAGCCUACUCUUUUAAAAGAUGCUACCAUUCAAAGGACAAAGUCUGCUGUGGGUACAUUAGGAUCAUUGGACACGGUAUCAACACUGAAAAUGGAGAUUGCAAAGCUGAAUGCUGAGUUACGCCAAAAAAACAAUGAAAUUGAAAACCUAAAACGGAAAGUUAUGAAUGCCAUUUUCAAUUAGAUUCUUCUUUUAAGAGUCUGUGAUCUACUUACCUCUAUAGAACAUUUGAAGUCUUUACAUUCUUACAGUUUUUGUUCGCUAUUUAUCAAUUUCUAUUCUUUCAAUUAAUAAUUAAUAUCUAAUAAAAUGAAUUUACAUUUACCUUCUAACUAUUUGCUUUUCG